AGUAGGAAGCCGCCAUUUUCUGAAUGCUCUCGCCAAGAGCGAGAAAUGUUAAGAGUUAGCCUGGGCCCAGCUGGUGAAAUACUCCUGACGCUUGCGAGUGGGGGGCGGAACGAUUUUUUUUAAAAAAAGGAAAGAAAAAGUCUCAAACUCUUAACACUGUUGGCGUGCUGCGCAGGCCUGUACGUUUUUUUUAAAGUAAAAAGAUAUUUUUUAAAAUAUUUUUUGCAGGCCCUGUCUCUGGUCGUGUGUGUGGACACGUUGAGCAUCCGGAGCCGCAGCUGCUAUUUGUAAAUUUUUGUUUUCGUUAUUAGAAAGGGGGUAAAGAGCCUUUCGUUUCGAUGUUCGGUCUUUGAUUUCCCCACCCCCUUCUCCCUCCAAAGGGGGAAGACGAAACAACCCCCCAGUUCGUUUAGGUCAUAAAGCAUCCCCCUGCCCCGCCACUUGCCACUUUCCUCCGUCCCGAUCUUUCCUGCUUCCCCCCCCCUCCCUCGUCAACAAAUUGUUUAGUGUUUGACAAGAGCCGAUCGGCCUCUGUUAUCUCCCACCGCCCCCCAAAAAAACCUUCUCCCUUUCCAAGCUUGGUCACAAUGAUGAUAGAAAAUCUCGAUGCCCUCAAGUCGUGGCUCACCAAGACCCUGGAACCUAUAUGUGAUGCAGAUCCAUCCGCACUUGCUAAAUAUGUUGUUGCUUUGGUGAAAAAGGAUAAAAGUGAGAAGGAGUUGAAGGCACUGUGUGUUGACCAAUUAGAUGUCUUCCUGCAGAAAGACACCCAUACAUUUGUAGAAAAGCUUUUUGAAGCUAUAACUGCAAAGAGUUACCUACCUCAGUCUGAGCAAUUGGCAUCCGUGAAUGUAAAAUCUGAGCCUGCACAACGGCAAGAAAGAGAGGAUAGAAAAGAAGAGGGAAGCAAAGAUGAAGAUGAUCGGGAAAAAAAAUUUACAAGGAGGCUGAAUCACAGCCCACUGCAGUCAGGAUCACGACACAGAGAUAACCGAAACCGCGAUGACAGAAAAAACGAUCGUUCUCGUAAAAGGGAGUACGACCGAUAUCCAUCAAGGAGAGAUUCAUACAGGGACAGAUACAACAGAAGAAGAGGAAGAAGCCGAAGCUACAGUAGAAGUCGGAGUCGCAGUUGGAGUAAGGAAAGAAACAGGGACAGGAGCAGAAGCAGGAGUAGAAGCAGAGAGCGGGAUUCAGGGAAGUCCAAGUAUGACCUUGACAGGACAGAAUCGUCAGAAAGUGGCUACACUCCCAAUACUGUGGCAAACUUAACAUCUGGCCAUUAUCCUGUUCCCACUCUGAGUAGUGCAAUCACAGUCAUCGCACCAGCUCACCAUGGCAACACAACUACAGAGAGUUGGUCAGAGUACCAUGAGGACCAGAUUGAUCAUAGUUCAUAUGGAAGGGGGCCACUUCCAAAGAAGCGGUGUCGAGACUACGAUGAAAAGGGCUUCUGUAUGAGAGGUGACAUGUGUCCGUUUGACCACGGAAGUGAUCCAGUAGUGGUAGAAGAUGUGAAUCUUCCAGGCAUGCUGCCUUUCCCCUCACAGUCUUCAGUAGUUGAGGGACCAAAUCCUGCCCCCCUGCCUCCUCCACCACCCAUUCUGGCUCCUCCACCUGUUAAUCUCAGGCCUCCAGUCCCUCCACCUGGACCAUUACCACCCACUCUGCCUCCUGUUGCAGUAGGUCCCCCACCACCUUUACCACCACUUCAACCUCCUGGAUUGGAUGCACCCCCAAGCUCAAUUACUAGCUCAGUGCCUCCUGUUGUCACAUCUGUAAUUCAUCACCAGCCUCCUGCACCACAGCCUCCUCCAUAUACAGCAGAAACCUAUGAAACUGAUGGAUAUAAUCCUGAAGCACCAAGUAUAACCAGUACUUCAAGACCUGUUUACAGACACAGGGUACACAGCCAAAGACCUAAUUUAAUUGGACUUACAUCUGGAGAUAUGGAUCUGCCACCACGAGCUGUAAAUAUUACUGUGAAAACCGAAAAACCUAUUAGCAACAACAACAACAUGAGAAUAGUGGUGGAUUCUGAGUCCAGGAAACGUACAAUUGGGGCUUCUGCUGAAGGAGUGCCUGCAAAGAGGUCCUGGUUUGACAAGUCAAAUUUCAACAAGGCCAACAACCAAGGAUUUCAAAAGAAACCACAAUACGGGGUUGAAAACACCAAGCUUGAACUUCGGAGGGUUCCACAGGAGUUAAAUAACAUCAGCAAACUUAAUGAGCACUUCAGCAAAUUUGGAACAAUUGUAAAUCUGCAGGUUGCUUAUCAAGGUGAUCUAGAGGGUGCCCUUAUUCAGUUUGCUGUUCAUGAAGAAGCAAAGAGGGCAAUCUCAAGUACAGAAGCAGUUCUUAAUAAUCGAUUCAUCAAAGUAUACUGGCAUCGAGAAUGCAAUUCUCAGCAAAAGACGGCUGCAAAUCCAAAGGUGGCUUGUGGACUACAGCAACCAGUCACGCCAUCGUCUUUCACAGCAGUCAAACAAUCUGUGAAGGAUAGACUAGGGCCCCUACCACAAGGAAAUGUUGAACCCUCGCAAACUCAGGUCAUUCCUGCAGCCAACAUUCAGAAUUCAAGUAAACUGUCGGUUAGAGAUCGGCUUGGCUUUGUGACUAAGCGCCUAGAACCUGCUCCGACUGAAAAGGUGUUAUCAACUACAACAGGCCUUACAAAAACCGUCUACAAUCCAGCUGCCCUAAAGGCAGCGCAAAAAACAUUUGGCCCUGUUUCAUCAGAUUCUACAGAGACGCCCAAAAAAAAACAGGAUACACUUAGACUUCAGCAGGAUGUGCGGAAAAAGAAACGAGAAAUUUUAGAAAAGCACAUUGAAACACAAAAGAUUUUGAUAUCAAAGCUGGAGAAAAACAAAAAGAUGAAAUCAGAAGACAAAACCGAAAUUAUGAAAACAUUGCAAGCCUUAACCAAGAGUAUAACCAAACUACAAGAUGAACUCAAAGCAAGUGGAACAGGCUCUACUGCUCCCAAAACAGUAAAAACCAAAGCACAGAUGCAAAGAGAACUACUAGACACGGAGUUGGACUUGUAUAAGAAAGUACAGGCUGGAGAAGAUGUCACUGGACUUCGAAAAAAGUACAAUGAGCUUCAGCUAGAGGCUGCCAAACGCGGGAUCCUUUCCGCAGUUCGUGGAAGAGGACACCACUCUAGGGGACGAGGAGGACAUCGAGGUCGCGGUAGAGGGCAUCGUGGACGAGGCCGGGGUGCACCUUUUCAUUCUGUCGUGGACCAUCGCCCAAAAUCAUUGAAUAUAUCUGGAUUUUCAGAAAGUGACCAAGAUGAAGUCCUGCCACAUUUUGCACAAUUUGGUGAAAUUGAGGAUUGUCAGAUUGAUGACUGCUCUCGCCAUGCAGUUAUUACUUACAAGACAAGGGCAGAGGCAGAGGCUGCUGCUUUACAUGGAAUUCGCUUCAAAGGACAGGACCUUCAACUUGCAUGGUUUAAGCCUGGAGCUGCCACCGCAACUACUGAACCUGAGGAUGUGGAGGCAGAUGAAGAGGAGUUUCAGGAAGAGCCUUUGAUUGAUGACUUAUUGCUCCAAGAUGAUGAUGAUGAAGAAGAUGAUAACGAACCACGUUCAUGGCGAAGAUGAUCAAAGAGCGACCAAUGUUUACUUACAGAAAGCUAUGCUGUCUGCAUUCUAAAUCAUAAUGUGAUUUUUUAAAAAGAAAAACUAAUGUACUAAAGAUUGUAGUGAAUUACCUGUAAUAGUUCAGAAGCACUGUUUGGGGUAGAGUGUUAGCAACUCAUUACAGAGCUACUGUACCCAAUUGGAAGAAGUGAAAUGAAAUUACGGCUUUAGUUGCAGCAGGAGGCAUGUAUGUAAUUCAUUUUUUAAAAAUUCAUUUUGUGAAACUUGGUAUACAGAUGUUCAUUGAACUUGGCCUAACAAGGAUACCAAGACUUUAUCUGUAAUUUACUGAUUUGGUCAUAUGAUCUGACCAAACUAAGAACAUUUCAAUGUAACUACUAUAAUUGGUUCCAUGUUGUUAUGGAAUGAAAGUUGACAUUGAAUCUCCGUGGAUGUUUUGAAAAACUGAGACAUUCUAAGCUUUGCGAUAAAGCAGAGAAUUUGCGAAGUACUGAAAAGUGCUCUUGUUUGUUAAAAGUUAUGUAUACCUUUAUUUUGCAUAGUUUGUUUUAGGCUUUACUAUGUAUUAGCCUUGGUUUUCUUCUGUUGGAUUUGUGUAUGUAUUUUACUUGAGGGUUGAUUUUAAACAUUCAUUGUACAACAGCUCUGUCAAAAGUCUUUUUGACUUCUGACACGUUUAAAAAAAAUAAAGAAAUGGAAUGGUCUAAUAUAUAUAAAAAGAAAAAAAAACUAUGUAAUAUAAAAGAGAAUUGGUUACAUGUAAAAACACAGACCAUUCCAAAUCCCCACCAAAAUCAGUCACAAAAGAGCUUUGACCAAUUCAAUUUCUUUUAACUUAAGAAAGUUUCCUUUGCAGCAAAGGGGUGAUGGUAAGUACAAUUCUACUGCUUAAUGCGCAUUGUCUUUUGUUACUUUGUGGAACUUCAAUGUGUUAUAAGAUUUGGCUAACUUUUUGUUAUUCAACCAGUAGCAAUAACUUUGACGUUAGAGUAGCAAUGAGUGUCAACGAUUCGUGUUAACGAAUGUAGUGGGAGAAACUUAUCAGCAUUCCUGUACUGGAACAACUUGUUGGAUUUCUUAAUUUUACUUGUUAGUUGUUUCACUUGGCUUACUGUGUGGUUAUCUGCUGCAGUGAACAGGUUUUUAUUUGUCAUGGCGACACACGUCUUGCUUCUGCAAAUAUUUCCGAGAAAUAGAAUAAUUGAAUCCCUGCAAUACAGAAAGAGGCCAUUUGGCCCACUGAGUUUGCACCAACUCUCUGAAGAGCAUCCUACCCAGACCUACCCUCUCUCCCCAUCCCCAUAAACCCCACAUGGAAUUUUUACCAGCGCUAACCCACCUAACCUGCACAUCUGUGGACACUAUAGGGCAAUUUUUAAACAUGGCCAAUCCACCUAACCUGCAUUUGUUUUGACUUUGGGAGGAAGUUAGUGGAAACCCAUGCAGAUACAGGAAAAACAUGCAAACUCCACCCAGGCGCCCAAGGCUGGAAUUGAACCCAGGUCUCUGCUAUUGUGUUACAAUAGUGCUAACCACAGUGUCACAGACGUUAAGUUUGCAUGUUUAAAAUUUCUAUCUAAGAGGUGCUCGGUAAAGUGAGACCUAGGACUUAGAUAUGAUAAAAAUGUAAAAUACUGAAAAUACACAGCAUUUUGACAGAUACUGUUUUCAGAAGCAUUUUAUCAGGCUCAUUUAAGGGAAGAAUGUUGUCUACUGGUGAUCAUGCCAUAAAUUUGGAUAGAAACGCACAAAAAAAAGUAACGGUUAUUUUGUGUAUUAUUUUAAUCUUGUCACUGUUACUGUUUAGGAAACACUGCGUAUUUUUGUAACACAAAGCAUUUACACAAUCAGUUGACUGGUUUGGGGAAAUUCUAAACUAUUUCCAAUAUCUAUUCUUUAUUUCAUUGACUUCCCACUGGAUGUUUUAAUGAUGACUGCUUUGCGCUGUCACUAACUUCGUAACUGUUAUUUGCCUUUGUCCAUGAGAUACCUUCAAGGAGUCUUGGGUCCACAAUGAAUGACUUUCAAAAUAAAGUGCUGCGUGAAGUCUUGCAGAGGUUACCUUGAAGUAACCGAUUAUUCUAUAUGGAAAGUAAUUGCAAUAGAUCUUUAAAUAAGCAGAUUGCUGUCUCAGCCAUUAUAAGACAUGGUAUACUGCAUUGGGCUGACUUUUCCAAUCUGCAAAAAUUGCUUUCCUCUUCUAACCAAUGCAUCUUAGCGAGGAUAAGAAUUCAUCAAGUUGUAAUAAAAAAAGCGGAUGCUUGGAACCACAAAUUACUAUACUCGCUACUGUUUCCCAGACAACCACUGGAGACCCAACAAACAUUGUUGAGUGCAUCAAAGUGGCUCAGGGACUCAGGAGGAAAAACCUCUGCUUUCACAAUGUGAACAUUGCAAGCAAGCCCGCAAUUUUAUUGCUAAUCCAUAGUUGCAUUUUUAAAGGUGGUGGUGAACUUUUGAUAACUGACCUGCUAGGCCAUUUCAGAGACUAGUUAGGAGUGAAUCAUGUUACUAUGGUUCUAGUAUUCCAUGUAGACUAGAAGAGGUAAGGGCAGCAGGAGCAAGGCCGGCUUUCGUUCAGCUGCUAUCUGUAAGGUUCCUCUUUGCCAUAACUACUAAAAUCAGUUGCUCCGAGAUUUGUGUAUUUCUCCUGUAACACAAUAGUUGUGCUCUUGUAUGAUGUCAUGCAAAAUAAAAUCAUGUUAUAGGGAAAUCACUAUAGAAAAUCACUAUACUGUACAGUAGAAAGUUUGCGUCAUCCAGACAGCGUCAACUAUUAAUCAGUCAUGUUACAGCCAACUCAGGUUAGUGAAGCAUGUGUUAUUGCAGAAAUACUUGUGUCUUUUUUCUUUGCGAAAAAGUGUUGAGAAAAGAUGUGUGAAGCUAUGCAAGUAGAAAAAUAGAUCCAACAACUUCAAGAAGAAGCUUUUUGCUAAUAUUUUUGUGAAGAACGAUGGGAACUUGAAAAUAGAAACAAAGCUGUUAUGGAUUAAAAUGACUUGGCCAUUGUUACAGGGGUGAAGCAUCGUAAAGGAUUGGAAAAUGGCCAGUGAUGACAUGAAUUUAUUCAGUGCACAGUUGAUAUCCAUGAACCAACAAUAUUCCAAUAGAGAUUUACAGUCUAUGCUGUGGAGUUGAGUUUUGCUUGAGAGAGAAAAUAAGUUGAGGUUCCAGGUUUUGUUAUCCAGUGAGUACCGUCAGAAAUGCUAAGAGAAUGCUUGUGAAUGUAAGGAAAGUAAUAGGAAUUCAAACAUUGGUAUGACCUGGCAUGCAGAUACUUGUGCAAUGAUGCUUGAUCCAAUGAAGCCUUACGUAAAAUCAUGCUAUUUUGGUCUCUGAAUAGUAAAUUGUAUUUGUUUCUGCAACAGGUCCAAGAUUUGCUGUACUGUAAAGUUGCUAGAAUUUAAGGAAAGUGACCAGUCAGCAUAGGUAGAUUGGAACUAGAUAUCAGAAGAGAUCCUUUUUGUGCCCAUUUUAUUGCUUGACCUUUAUCUCAAACUCUUUUUUUGAUUCCUUUACAAAGAAAAGAAACUUAUGUCUUUUGCCUUUUAUUUUAGGGAUCAAUUCUUGCCUUCCCCCUCUCCUGGUUCCCUCCAACCCCAGAUCCAAACGUGCCUCAAAUAAUUCCUCAUCAGUCAGUUUAAAGAUACUCUCAGUAUUUCUUUAGCACAAGGAGAACUAAGGUAGUUUUUUUUUACAGUGUGUCAAUUACUCAUUUUUUGUGCUUCUCCCCAUUCAAGAGCUUAAUACAAACAUGAGUUGACUGCCGUUUUUAUUUUUGCAGGUAUGUUUUAUGCAUCAUGAAAUUUGUAUGAAAUGUUCAGAUGGUGACAGGAAUCUGAGACUGAGCGCCAGUGCUGACUGUUUCCAGGAUAGCCCUGAAAGAGAUGUCUAUUGGAUAAGGUGAUUUCUCCAGACACCAAUACUCUUCAGUAAUCAAACUCUGCUCAGGUAUCUGAUGCUAGAUAUUGGUGAGACACAAGACCUUGGGUGGAGGAGCAGAGGUUAAAGGUGAUGGAAGAAACGGAGGAGAGGAAGAGUGGUGAACUUGUUGAAAUUAAUCGCUGGCAUAUAUGAAUUGCAACCAGAACCCCUUUGCGAGCAAGAAGAGGCACGAAUUAUCCGACACUAACAUACUUCGUUGAUUUUAAAAAAUAACAGUGCAUCCCUGAUACACCGUGACUUCCCUUUACCAAUUACAUCGGUAGGCACCAACAGAGUUCAAAAGCACAUUCCCACCCUUAAAAUUUGCUGGGAUCCCUGUCACUUCAAAUCUGGACCAGGUUGCAACCACUGCUUUUGUAAAUGCAUUCUCCAUCAAACCACGUGGCAUUAGACCCACUCUGUGCCUGAAGUAUAAAGACGAUAAAUGAACAAAAGUCAAGAUUUGAGAGAGAAUUCAGAUACAUGGUACAAUUGCCUUCAUUUUUCAAAUUUAUUGAUCAGUUGAGUCAAAUGCCAUGUAAUUUCAAUGUAAUUCUAAAGCUUUGCUUUUACAGGACGUUUUCCUAAAUUUCAAAAGCAGGCGUCAAGAAAAAGCCACAGAAACGGGACAGCUUGAAUCAAAAAAACUCAUUCAAAGAUAAAUGUGCAAUCUUCGUACAAGUGUUGCAGAAUAGGAACAUUGCAUCAAAUUGCCAUGAGAAAACAUCAAUGAACAGAUGAUUUUCCUAGCAUCUGGUUUAAGAUCUUUCAAAUGAAAGAACUGAUGGUUUUAUGAAUGGUAUAAUAAGUUUUGCGCAUCUGUAAAAGGUACAAGCCAAAUUCAGAUGUACAAGGGAGGAGCGAUCAGAGUGGGAACAUAUACUGAAGGAGAGAAUGUUUUGUGUAGAACAUGUGCAUUAGCAUAGACCAACUGAGUUUUCCGUUUCUAUGCAUUUUAUGCAAAGUUUGACUGUGCAGCAAUCCCUAUUAUUUGGAUAUUGGUCAUGCUUUAAUAGUACCAUUUUCAGAGAAUAUUUUCUUGUGGAACAUCCACUGGCCCAGCCAGCGUCUCUGCAAUUUGUAAAAUCCAUGGCGGCUAAAGAUAGAUCGUACCCUUAUGCUGUUUAUUUUUCAAUCAAAGUGAUCAGUUUAGGUCAAAUGGCAUAUAGUUUGUACAACUGUCUCUGAGUUCUGUUGCACAUUUCAAUUAGGCUUGUAUCUUUGCAUUGGUGCCAUUUAAUAGGUGUCAUUAUAUAGGUGCGGCAUGGUGGCUCAGUGGUUAGCACUGUUACCUCACAGCACCAGGGACAUACUGUUUUGGUUCCACUCUCAGGUGUGUCUGUGUGGAGUUAGCACAUUCUCCCCGUGCCUGUGUGGGUUUCCUCUGGGUGCUCUGGUUUCCUCCCAUGGUCCAAAGUUGUGCAGGCUAGUUAGAUUGGUCAUGCUAAACUGCCCGUGUUGUUUAGAUUUUGGGGUGCUCUGAGGGUUUGUGUGGUCUUGUUGGGUCAAAGGGCCUGUUUUCACAUUGUAGGGAUUCUAUUCUGUCAUAGCAUUUUUACAUCAUCCUCUAAUUUUUCUCCUCCAUGAAAUGGUUGAUCAUGGAGUUGUUUAGCACAUAAACAGGCCCUUAGACCCAAAUUAUCCAUGCCAACCAGGUUUCCGAAACCAAACUAGUUCCAUUUUCCUGCAUUUGGCUCAUAUUCCCAUAAACCUUUCCUAUUCAUGUACCUGCUCAAAUGUCUUAAAUGUUAUUGUACCCGCCUCUUAAGCUGAAUUACUGUGGUACACUUGCGUUUGGAGACUUUAUUUCUGUCAAGUGAAAGCUAGUGUUUUACGUAAGCCUGUAGCAGUCCAUGUUUUAUAUGAGCUCAUUACUUUUUAUUGAGUUCUACAUUUAGUUCGUAGUGUCUUUUACUUUGUAUUCCAUAGGGAGCAAAUUUAGAAACUGGCACCUAGUGAUAAUUUUCAGUUUGUAUGUAAAUGCCAGAUCCUCCAAGUAUUUUUUCAGUGACUAAGUGUCACUUUUCCAUUGUUUAGAAUUAGCUUAGAUCAAGGCAAUGUUAAUUGGAUUGUUGCACUCCUCCCCUGGAUUUUAGGAAAUCUCUUUAUGAGCUCUUCGCCAUUGCUCAAGUCAUUUGUCCAACAGUAUUCACUGCACUUAAUCCGCUAGUCUGGCUGCAAGACUUCAGCCCCUGUUGUGUACGAUAUGUUUGGUUGAGUGCUCCCAGCAUCUCCUGUCACAUCACAUUUGCAUAAAAGAGGACGGAUAACCACAUUUGAGCAAAGAAAUGAAAAUGCUCAGCACCAAACCUGUCAGCUUUGUUCGUAAGUUAAUUGUGAAAAAUUUGAUUUGCUUUGUUUUCAUUCUUUAUUAUGACAACCCCCUUUAUGCUCGCUUUGGUUUGUGCUGUCUUGCAUGUAGCUUUUAAAGAGAAGACACCUAUUUUACCCCCAUACCCACCCAGGGAUUGCUUACUUCAGUCUAACUAACCCUUAGUACUAGUUCACCUCUGGCUAAAUUAGGCCUAUGUGGUAGACCCAAUCACAAUUAAAAUUCAAAAAAAUUUACACUCAUGUUUGGGUAACUCACUGCUUAGGAGACUAAAUUUAUUAAUCAAAACAUUUAGUGGUUAAUAAUCACAAUCUUCAAAUUGAUUUUGUAAAACACUCUUUGAAAAUUGCAGGAUUGUGAUGAUUUGACAGUUUUGAACAUCAGUAUUAUUUACACAACAGAAAUAGACUUUUUAUAUUGGAGUCUGGUGUCAUCUGUAAAUUUAUAAGGAGCAAGUGUUACUUUUUGUUCUGACACAUUCUACGUGGUUCUGCAUCAUUCAGUUUUAAGAUUUAAUGGCAGUCAUUUAGUAGUAAAAUUGGAUUAAAUGAUCUGCAGUUAAAUUCAUAGAUCAAGAUAUCUGUGAUCUCUUUGAUGUUAUUUCUGAUUGAACUAUAAAUAUCAUUUGUGCGUUUAAUUGCAGAUAGGUGAAUUGCAACUUUUAACUUGUACACAGAUUCACCAGCAGUACAAGGAAAAUGCAUAUGUGCAAAUUUGUCGGAUUUAUAAUUACAAAUAAAUGUUGCAAUAUAAUUACUAGUUUGCAUUUUCCAACUUGCUGUCUGAUUUUUGUUUUCAGCUAUUAUAUUAAGCCUUGUAUUAACUUGGUUAGCAUAAGCAAGCAUAUUAUGUAAGAUGGUUUUCACAGGGUCGCUGGGUUAUAAGUGUUGGACUUAGGGCACUAGCUUCUUGAAAAUAUGAACACUCAACUCGUGUUUGAGUGUUAGUAUAGGAAUGUAAAUUGGGUUACCUAAAUAUGUAUAGGUUUUCACAAAUUUUGAGAUUAUCUGGCUAGAGUUUUGCAUUGGUAGCUAGUGGUAGGUGGUACAUAAUCAACUACUUUUGCUUUUUGUAGUAAACUAUUAAAAAUUAUGGUAAGCAUUUAAUUAUUCGUGGAUCAAGGAUUUGGCGGAUAACAUCAGAAAUUUGUUUCUCUUCAGAUUUCUUUGGCUUCUUGAAGUGCCUCUUCCUGCUUAUUUGUUUGUUUGUCUGUCGUUGCCAUGAUAAUGUGAUGAGUGUCAGCAAUGUGAUCACCCACCAUUUUAUCAAUAAAAUUUUGACUUUGCUAUUUAAUUUGCUUACUGAGACAAAAUACUGGAUUAAUGCGUAGGUUUAUGGGUGCCCAUACCCAAGAAAGUUUGCAAAUACAGGGGAAUUGGCAGACCUCUUCACAACAUAAAAAUUGCACAUAGGCAGUUUGACCAGGACCACCUUUCAUCUUCUCUAUCUUGAAAAGGAGCUGAUUUCACUCAUUUACAAGGAUCUUAUUAACAUUGGCACAUGUUGAUAUGGUUGUAUUGUUGUCAUGUUACUGGACUACAAUCCAGAGCUGAGCUAGCCCGACAUGACAGGAGGAGAAUUUAAAUUCUGUUAUUUUAAAUAAAAAUGGCAUUUAAAAACCCUUGCCAUGAUACAACCAGAUUGCCAUAAAAAGCAGAGAAAGUUCAAUAUCCUGUCGGGAAGAAAAACUGUCUCCUUUGCGAAGGGAGGAACAGAGUUAACGUUUUGGGUUCGGUGAUCCUUCCUCAAUUCCAGCAACUUUGUUUUUGUUCCUGAUUUUCAGCAUCCACAGCUCUUUCGGUUUUUAUGCCACCUUUCCCUGCUGAUGCCCAUGCAUAGCUUCCAAGAUACAACAUAGUCGAUUUUUAAAUUGCUUCCGAAUUGGCCUGGCAAGUCACUCGUUUUUUUUGAAUCAACACAAUUCUGAGAACUGGUAAUCCAUGUAGAUUGCAGCAGUUAAGAUGGUGGCUUACUACUACAUUGCUCGGAACAGUUGGAGUGGGCAAUAAUGUUGCCACGUAGCCAGCAGUUCCUGCAUUUCAUGAAAAGAGUAUUAAAAUUUGGACCCCUGUUAGCAAAAUGAGCAAAUGUCAGAAUCAAUCAAAUCAUCAGUGUUCUGGCUGUAUGUAACACCCUAAUUACAAUGGUGGGGAAAUAUUACUUGAGCAUUGUCAUCGUCCAUUUCAGACCCCUACACGCCCCCCUCCCCCCCGCCCUACCCUCACCCACCCAAAACACAGACAGUAAAUGUUGGAUAGCAGGGAGAGAAAACUGGCCGUAUCCAACCAGCAACCGAACUGGCCAAAAACUCAAUUUUGGAUGGCAAUAUUGGAGUUAAUGCUAUUGGAGCUACGAUGCUAAUACAAGAUUUGCUUUUGUGGGAAUGACUUCUUAUUUGGACGAGAUGGCUGGGUUACUCUGAUCAAUCUUUUGUACUUCAUAAUUCUGCAGGUCUUAGAUUCAUGAGUGCUUCAAAUUUGGAUUCAUUGAAUGAUUUUGGAUUCAUUCAUUAAAUCCAAACCUUGAGUUGGAUCAUUGUUUCUAAGCUCCCAAAGGACAAAUUCAGAUCAGCAAAAGUCCUGUCAAGGCAGGUAGCUUGAGAUAAAAAAUUGCAACUUUGUGAGAACAAAGCAGUAGUAAGCUGUUUUACUAAUUGAUCUGGCUCAUGGCUUUCUUGUCCAUCAAAACAUGUCUAACUCAGCUUUGACUGAAUGACUUGACUUCUGCUGUUGCCUGGGGAAUAACUGUAAAAGAGGAAAUUUCUCCUCAUCUGUUUUAAAUGGAUAACUCCUUAUUUUUAAACUCUGCUCACAGUUCUAGAUAUCUCAAGGAAAAAGCUUCCUGAGAAUUUUGUAUAUUUCAGUAAGGUCAUGUGUCAUUCUUCUAAUCUUCAAUAAGCGUGGAUUCAAACGCUUUGCUUAUAAGACUACCCAUUCAUCCCAGCAAUCAGUGGACCUCGCUGUGCCACUUUCUUCAUGACUAACAAAACCAAAUUGUUAACACGGUACCAUAGGUACAGUCUCUUCUGAGCCCAACACAACAGGCGAAACUUCCUUACUUUUACACUUAGACCAACAUUCUGUUUGCCUUCCUAAUUUAUACACUCUACCUGCAUACUACGUUUUUGUGAAUCAUGUUACCGAUUGAGAGAAAUGGAAUUUAUUUUUUGCUUUUAUUCUUGCACCUCUGUUGUUAGUAACAAGUUACAUAUUUUAAACCCUUUUUGGGUGUGGUGAUCUUUUUCUCAUCAUAGGCUCUAAACAGGCUUUUUAGUAAAUUUAAACUAGAAGUAAAGGUAAAUGUUUACUUACAUGACACCCUAAAAUAUAAAAAGUUACUAUAGUGUAUCCCUGUGAAGUGUUUGGCUGGGUUAAUAAUAAAAACGGAGUAUUCAGUUAUUUUGUUUAAGAGUAAGUUGCCUACCAAAGUGUUGUUCAAUUAAUCAUGUGUUUACGCUAUUGUUACAGUAAACACCUUAAUGCAUGAAAUCCUGAUGUGUCACUCUUUCAACUAUUAACUGGAUGUGCAAAGCUGUGGGGAUGAUAUCACAUCUUAUGUUGUAAGGAGAGACUUUUAUAGCCCCCUUUUCCUUUCUAUAAGCUUGUAUAAACUUCAGUUUUCAUUUGUCUUGCUAAUUUUCUUCCAUUCUCCAUUUUUUAUUUUCAUCAUUCUUUGUUGAUUUCUACAGUCAUUUUGGCUACCUGUCAUCUUUGCCACAUUAUAAAUGGUUACCAAUUUUGUUUUUAUUGAAUAAAAAAACUUGGAAGUCAAAAUUUUUUUUUAAUUGAUCAAAAAGUGGUAAUUUGGCCUGUGCCCAAAAAAGGUUCUUAUUAGUAACUAAGGACACAAGCAUCCAUGUACAAGAAGACAGUAAAAUCUACAAAUCUGCAGUUUCUUAAGGACAAUGAGAUAUAUUUCUUGUGGCAAAAGUUUUGAUUUUUGACGAAAUUGGUAAACUUAUUUUGCUUUAUUGUUUACAAAUGUAAAUUCACAGUGUCGUAAUGUAGUUUCAUAAGAAUUGAAGUUACAAUUUCUCUCUCUUUUUCAGUCAUCCCUGAUCCUGAGUAAAUUGGUUCCUUUGGUUUGAUUGAUUCUGAGAAGUCUAAUAAAUUCACGGUGCAUUCUGCAGACUCUACCACAUAUGGGACAAGUGCUGCUUGAAAGGUUGGGUAAAUCGGUUGCCCAGAGGUUUGUGCAAUCUGUAUUGUGCCUCAACUUUGCUUCUACAUUGCUGACAACCUCUUUAGUUAUGUUCAAAGUCUUCUCAAAUGAGAUUUCUUUAUCUUUGCCAGCUACAAGCCAGCGGACUCUGCUCUGCUUGACCUCUUCAGGAAGCUUAGCAGUCCUUCAAGGUGUUUGCACUGUCCUCGCAGUAUCUUGCCACGAUCAAGUUCUGGGUCGAGCAUUUGCUUUGGAAUUCUGGCGUCAGGCAUGUGAAUGGCUUGUCUCACCCAGCAAAGCUGUUUCGGAGUGAUUAGUACCUUGAUGCUGGGUGAUGUGGCUUGGGAGAGGGUCUGCUGUUGAACCAUCUUUCUUGACACUAGGUAUCAUAGAAUCCCUACAGGUUGGGAACAGGCCCUUCAGCCCAACAAGUCCACACCGAACCUCAGAGCAUGCCACCUAAUCUACACGGCCCUGAACUCUGGACAAUUUCCCAUGGCUAAUCCACCCUAGCCUGAACAUCUUUGGACGGUGGUUGGAAGCCAGAGCACCUGGAGGAAACGCACACAGACACGGGGAGAAUGUGUAAACUCUACACAGCCUUUGGGUAGAAUCGAACCCGGGUUCCUGAUGCUGUGAGGCAGCAGUGCUGACCACUGAGCCACCGUGCCACUGUACCGCCCCCUAUA